AUGGAAGUGCUGGCGCCAUCCGCUACCGCUGCUGCUCCCCUUGCCUUCCGCCUCUGUGCCGCCGCAGGGGCCAUUCUGAUGAGCAAGCGAGCUGGACACGCUCACCAUUCCCGCACCUGCUCCACAGAGCUCACGGUGGCCCUGCCCUGCUCCUCCGCCUGCUGGGCGUGCUGCUGGAGCUGCGCCCGCAGCGCCUCACUUUCCUCCCGCAGCUGGAACACCAGCGCGGCCACCUGGCGCUCCAGCUCACGCGUCUGGGACCCAGCGACAGGCCUGUGCGCUGGUAUUGGCGGGUGCCGCACCGCCGCCUCCUCCUCCAGCUCGCUGUCGGUGGAGGCGGCCCUGACAACCGCCAGAGGCGGGGGCUUGCGGCCAGGCGGCAGGCUCCCCAGGCAGCCAGCCCGCUCCCUGACCGUCAGGGCGGCACAGAAGGAUGAGGAACUACCUUUUGAGACCUACACACCCACCGCAAACGCAGCUUACUGGACGCAGCGACCCGUGGCGGUGACCAAGCGAGGCAUGCAGAUUGUGGCUGCGCUGGGCAGCUGGCUGGCGGAGGGCCGCCUGACAAACCGUGGCGCCAGCGCGCAACAGCUCACCGAUGCUCGUGCCGACAAGCUGCGCCACCUGCUGACCGAGCUGGGCCCCGCCUUUGUCAAGAUCGGCCAGGCGGUCAGCAGCCGGCCCGACGUGGCUCCUCCCGAGUUCUUGCGUGAGCUGGAGAAGCUGCAGGACCAGAUCCCUCCCUUCUGCAACGAUGAGGCCUUUGCCGUCAUCCAGGCCGAGCUGGGCGCCCCCGCCAGCCAGGUCUUCUCAUCCAUCUCCCCAGAGGCGAUGGCAGCCGCCAGCCUGGGGCAGGUGUACCGAGCAGUGCUGCGGGACACGGGCGAGGCGGUGGCAGUCAAGGUGCAGCGCCCGGGGGUGGCGGCCUCCAUAGCGCUGGACGUCUUUGUGCUGCGCCAGCUGCUGGCGGCGCUGCGCCAGUGGCGCAAGGUCAACAGCGACCUGCCCGCGCUGCUGGACGAGUGGGCGUCCAGCCUGUUCCGCGAGCUGGACUAUCGGCACGAGGCGGCCAACGGCGUGCGCUUCAGGGAGCUGUACGGGCACCUGGAGGGCGUGUAUGUGCCCAGCAUGCACACCUCUCUGUGCACACGCAAGGUUCUGGUGAUGGAGUGGGUGGAGGGCGAGCGCCUGCGCACGGCAUACAGCGCGGCGCGGGAGUCGGGCGGCGCUCAGCCGGCGGCGGGGGCGCCCCCCAGCGGCACCAGCGACGACCUGCGCCUGGUUGAGGUGGGUGUGCGGUGCAGCCUGGAGCAGAUGCUGGAGGAGGGGUUCUACCACGCAGACCCGCACCCGGGCAACCUGCUCAAGACGCGGGACGGCAGGCUGGCCUACCUCGACUUUGGCAUGAUGGGGCAGGUGGACGCCACGAUACGCAGGGGCCUGAUGCGUGCCACGCUGCACCUGGUGAACCGCGAGUUUGAGGCGCUGGCAGACGACUUUGUCACGCUGGGCAUGCUGCCCAAGGCCGGGGCGCUGGAGAAGCCUGAGGUUGUGGAGGCGCUGACCAGCGUGUUUGCAGAGGCGCUAAAGGGGGGCGUCAGCAACCUGAGCUUUGGCGACCUCAGCGGGCAGCUGGGCCGCACCAUGUACCAGUUCCGCUUCCAGGUGCCGCCCUACUACACCCUGCUGGUGCGCAGCCUGUCGGUGCUCGAGGGCAUCGCGCUGGCCAGCGACACGCAGUACAAGGUGCUGGGCGCGGCGUACCCCUGGGUGGCGCGCCGCCUGCUCACCGACACCACCCCCGAGCUGCGCUCCACGCUCAUGGCGCUGCUUUACAAGGACGGCGCCUUCAACUUUAGGCGCAUGGAGUCGCUGAUCAGCCAGGCGGUGCGGCCCACCGGCAGGCCGCAGCCGCGGCGCGGGCAGAGCGCGGUGCAGCGUGGCGACGCGCUGGCGCUGCUGCUGUCCCCCGAGGGCGAGUUUGUGCGGGGAAUAGUGACUGAGGAGCUUGCCAAGGGCAUCGACGCCGGUUGGCGCCUGGCGGCGGACACCGCGGUGGGCACCGUGCAGCAGCAGCUGCUGGCGGCGUCGCUAGACACACGCGACAGCUUUGGCAGUGCCAGCGGCGGCAGCCUGCUGGUGCAUGCGCUGGCGGAGUCGCUGGCGGCGCUGCCCCGCCUGUCUGACCAGCGGGACCAGGAGCAGGUGGAGGGCAUCACGCGGCUGGCACAGGUCCUGCAGGAGUCGACUGCGGGCCAGCGGCAGCAGCAGGGCGGCGACUGGUUCCAGGAGGCGGUGGGCGGCGGCGUUGGCGGCGGCGGAACGCCCCUGGACUCUGCGCUGGCCUCGCUGCAGACCGCGGCCGCCAUCCUGCAGUGGGUGGUGGUGGAGGCAGAGACGCUGUCACCCGCGGAGCGUGCAGAGGCGCUGCGCCUGCCCAUCAGCAUCGGCCAGGCGGUGGCGUCGCGUGCCGCAGCCCGCACCAUCCGCUGGCUUCUUGUGGGCGAGGCCCUGUUCAAGUCUGCAGCCGCCACGUCUCCAGCCGAGGCGGCGGCGGCGGCGGAGAGGGCGGCCCGUGAGGCGCGCGCCGGCGGCAGCCGAGGCGGCUUCACCGCGGCGGCGGCGGCCACCAGCGCGGCGCCCCCCGGCAGCGCCACCAGCAGCUCUAACGGCAGCAGCGGCAGGCCUGGAGGCGGCAGCGGGAGCGGAGGGAGCAGCAGCAGCAGAACGCCGCUUGCAACCACCCCAACCCAGCCUAGCACGGCUACACCCACCCAGGGCGGGAGCCGGCGGCAGCAGGCAACCGUUAUGGUGCCGCUGUCCCCCACCAGCAACAGGCCGGGCAGCAGCAGCUUCCCGCCCCUGCCCUCGUACCGCGCAGAGUCUUCGGGCAGCUCUGUCAUCGUGCGCCCCACGGCCACGGCGGCCAGCACAGCAGCCGCCGCCAGCAACGGCGCCAGCGGCCCCGCAGCACCAGCAGGAGGGCCACAGGCGCUGCGGAAUGGCGCUGCCGUUGGUGCCCGGCGCCAGUGA